AUGUCGGUUUACUGGUGUGGUUUCGAGUAUCGAACGAUUCAAAUCAACGGUCAACGUUUCAUUGGGCCACCGGAGGAGCUGGAGGAACCGACCUAUGAGUGGGAACUUUUCGUGAAACACAUUCCCCGGUACCUGUUUGAGCAGGAGUUGUUGCCGCUUUUUUCGUCCGUUGGCCUCGUUUAUCAGAUCCGGUUGCUGAUGUGCUUCUCCGGGUUGAAUCGAGGAAUCGCUUUCGUUCGCUACACGAAUGGGGAAGAUUUCCGGCGGGCGGUGGCCAAAUUCGACAAGCUCUCGCUGGGAAGUAAAACGGUUCUGUUUGCCUGUAAGAGUUUGAACCUUCGAAAGCUGGUGCUUCUCAACAUCGACGGUGCUAUUCCGGAUGAAAUCAUUCGGGAAUUCCUUCGAGUCCACUGCUCCGGUGAAUGUGUGUUCAUCGGUUUUCGGAGCAGCAUUCCGACGAAAAAGUUUGCCAUCAUUCAGUUCCGGUGCCAUUACGAGACGGCUCUGACUCGUCGCAAGCUGAUGUCCUUGAUGUUCUACCUGGGAGAGGAUUGCUGCCUCAAGUGGUACAAUCGGGGCCUGAAAGCAGGAUGGCGUGCCUAA